AUGAGCAACACUAAGGGAGUCGCUGAGAACAUGCUCUGGGGAGGUCGUUUCACCCAGGGCCUCGACCCCCUGAUGGUGCAGUACAAUGAGUCCCUCCCCUACGACCGUAUCAUGUGGAAGCAGGAUAUCGCCGGCUCAAUCGCCUUCGCCCGCGCCAACACCAAGAACGGAAUCCUGACAGCCCACGAGUUCUCCGAAAUCGAGCGCGGCUUCGUCCAGAUCGCCAAGGAAUGGGAGACAAACACCUUCGUCGUUAAGCCCAACGACGAGGAUAUCCACACUGCCAAUGAGCGUCGUCUCGGUGAGAUCAUCGGCAAGGAAAUCGGUGGUAAGCUGCACACCGGUCGUUCGCGCAAUGAGCAGGUCGCCACGGAUAUGCGCUUGUGGUUGCGCGAUGAGCUCCGUAAGCUGGAUGCCCAGCUUGCUGAUCUGGUUAAGGUUUCCAUUUCUCGUGCUGAACAGGAAAUCGAUUACCUCAUGCCGGGUUACACUCACCUCCAGAAGGCUCAGCCUGUUCGUUGGGCUCACUGGAUGCUCUCCCACGCUACUGCUUUUGCUAGUGAGCUUCAGCGUCUUCGUGAGGUUAUCCGUCGUGUUAACCGUAGCCCUCUUGGUUGUGGUGCUCUCGCUGGUAACUCUUUCCGUAUUGAUCGUGAGAUGAUGGCUAAGGAGCUUGGCUUCGAUGAUAUCUUGUACAACUCUAUGAACACCGUCGGUGAUCGUGACUUUGCUAUGGAGACUAUGCAGUGGGGUAGCUCUUUCAUGCUGAAGAUCUCUCGCUGGGCUGAGGAUUUGAUUAUUUACAGUAGUUUGGAGUUUGGUUUCGUGCGCUUGUCUGAUGCGUACUCUACUGGUUCUUCGCUGAUGCCUCAGAAGAAGAACGCAGACUCCCUCGAGCUUCUGCGUGGAAAGUCCGGUCGUGCUUUCGGUCAGAUGGCCGGUCUGAUGAUGACUAUCAAGGGUCUUCCUACUACCUACAACAAGGAUCUGCAGGAGAGUAUCGAGCCCCUGCUCGACCACAUCAAGACCGUCAGCGACAGUAUCCUCAUCGCUACUGGUGUUCUGUCCACUCUGUCCGUCAACCCAGAGAAGAUGGUCGCUGCUCUGGCCCCCGAGAUGCUGGCCACCGAGAUCGCCGACUACCUCGUCCGCAAGGGCGUUCCUUUCCGUGAGGGUCACCACAUCUCCGGCCGUGUCGUCCAACUGGCUGAGAGCACCAAUGUCCCCAUGGAUACUCUGUCACUGGCACAGCUGCAGGGUAUUGAUUCCCGCUUUGGCGCUGAUGUCCAGGAAUGUCUGGACUACGAGCGUGCUGUGGAGAUGAAGGAUGCUAUUGGUGGUACCAGCAAGCGGGCUGUUAUUGAGCAGACUGCUGUUCUGCGCAAGUUGCUGUAA